CUCUCACAGGACAUUAUCUUCUCCAGAAGUGUUACCCGUCUUCAGUGCAUCUGGUCUGCACACUGUGUUUCUCUGUGACAGUCUGUGUCAUUGAAGGGCAGUGUGCAGACUCCAACUCUGAGGCCUGCAGCUGUGCAGCAGAGCUCUUGUUCCCCAGGAAGCCAUCACACUCCUUCCCACUGUGGUUUUGGGAGCAUGAAGGCGUUGCUUACCCCCUGUGUCUGGUUCACUGUAUGUAGGCUGGGAGUGUCUGCUGAUUGCUCGGAGUGCUGUCUCUUGGAACAGGAGGAGUAAGAUUGAGGACCUUUGCGGACCAUGAGUCGGUAAUGCCCACUGAGGACCUCUGGGAGCCAUGUCAGACGAAUCCGCCUCAGGGAGCGAUCCAGACCUGGACCCGGACGUGGAGCUGGAGGAUGCGGAAGAGGAGGAGGAGGAGGAGGAGGUGGCAGCAGAGGAGCAUGACAGGGAUGACGAGGAAGACCUGCUGGAUGACCCAUCCUUAGAAGGCAUGUGUGGCACUGAGCAUGCCCAGCUGGGGGAAGAUGGGCAGCGGCCGCCACGGUGCACUUCAACUACCUCAUCUCAGUCUGAGCCUUCUGAGCAGCUUAGGCAUCACCGAGGCAAGAACCUGGCUUCUGAGGACCCCAAAAAGAAGAGAGCCCAGAAGCCCUCCCACAUGAGGCGAAACAUACGAAAGCUUCUCCGGGAGGAUCAGUUGGAGCCAGUUACCAAAGCAGCACAGCAGGAAGAGUUGGAAAGAAGGAAGCGCCUGGAACAGCAGAGGAAAGAUUAUGCCGCUCCCAUUCCCACCGUUCCCCUGGAGUUUCUCCCCGAAGAAAUUGUCUUAAGAGCAAGUGAUGGUCCCCAGCUGCCUCCUCGAGUCUUGGCCCAAGAAAUCAUUUGUUUGGACAGUAGCAGUGGCAGUGAGGAUGAGAAAAGCAGUAGAGAUGAGGUGAUUGAGCUGAGCUCUGGAGAGGAGGACACUCUGCAUAUUGUGGACAGCAGUGAGUCUGUCAGUGAGGAAGACGAGGAAGAGGAGAAGGGCGGCACCCAUGUGAAUGACGUGUUAAACCAGCGCGAUGCUCUUGGGCGAGUCCUUGUCAACCUGAACCACCCUCCAGAGGAGGAGAAUGUCUUCCUGGCCCCACAGUUGGCACGGGCCGUGAAACCUCAUCAGAUUGGCGGGAUCCGGUUCCUGUAUGAUAAUCUAGUGGAGUCGCUGGAGAGGUUUAAGACCAGUAGUGGCUUUGGCUGUAUCCUGGCCCACAGCAUGGGUUUGGGAAAAACUUUGCAAGUGAUCUCCUUCAUCGAUGUCCUUUUCCGCCACACGCCAGCCAAAACAGUCCUUGCCAUUGUGCCGGUUAAUACUCUUCAGAAUUGGCUGGCAGAGUUCAACAUGUGGCUCCCAGCUCCCGAAGCCCUUCCGCCUGACAACAAGCCUGAAGAAGUCCAGCCUCGAUUCUUUAAAGUUCACAUCUUGAAUGAUGAGCACAAGACGAUGGCAUCUCGUGCUAAAGUGAUGGCUGAUUGGGUGUCAGAGGGUGGGGUGCUGCUGAUGGGGUACGAAAUGUACAGACUCCUCACUCUGAAGAAAUCCUUUGCCACAGGUAGACCGAAGAAAACCAAGAAACGUUCUCACCCAGUCAUCAUUGAUCUGGAUGAGGAAGAUCGACAGCAGGAGUUUCGGAGAGAGUUUGAGAAGGCCUUAUGCCGCCCUGGCCCCGAUGUAGUGAUCUGUGACGAGGGACACCGCAUCAAAAACUGCCAGGCCAGCACCUCACAGGCACUGAAGAACAUUCGCUCUCGCCGCCGGGUGGUGCUGACUGGGUACCCCCUGCAGAACAACCUCAUCGAGUACUGGUGCAUGGUGGACUUCGUGCGCCCAGAUUUCCUCGGCACCCGGCAGGAGUUUAGCAACAUGUUUGAGCGCCCUAUCCUGAACGGGCAGUGUAUCGACAGCACACCUCAGGAUGUCCGCCUCAUGCGGUACCGGAGCCACGUCCUGCACAGCCUCCUGGAGGGCUUUGUGCAGAGGAGGGGCCACACUGUGCUCAAGAUUCAUCUCCCCGCCAAGGAGGAAAAUGUGAUUCUGGUGCGGCUCUCCAAGAUCCAGCGAGAUUUGUACACACAGUUCAUGGACCGCUUCCGGGACUGUGGAAGCAGUGGCUGGCUGGGGCUGAACCCCCUCAAGGCAUUCUGCGUGUGCUGCAAGAUCUGGAAUCACCCUGACGUGCUGUAUGAAGCCCUUCAGAAAGAGAACCUGGCCAAUGAGCAGGACCUAGAUGUGGAAGAGCUCGGUUCAGCAGGGACCAGUGCCCGCUGCCCGCCACUGGGAGCAAAAGGCAAAGUAGAGGAGAGCACCUUGCCCUCUUCGAUGGGAGAGGCAACCAACAGCAAGUUCCUGCAGGGAGUCGGCUUCAACCCUUUCCACGAACGAGGCAAUAACAUCGUCACGUACGAGUGGGCCAAAGAACUUCUGACUAAUUACCAGACUGGCGUCUUAGAGAACUCUCCCAAGAUGGUACUACUUUUCCACCUGAUUGAGGAAAGCGUGAAGCUUGGGGACAAGAUCCUUGUGUUCAGCCAGAGCCUUUCCACCUUGGCUCUCAUCGAGGAGUUCCUAGGGAAGCGAGAAGUGCCCUGUCUGCCCGGUGCCGAGGGGCAAGGAGCACAGAAGUGGGUUCGAAAUGUCAGCUACUUCCGGCUAGAUGGUAGCACCCCUGCCUUUGAGAGGGAGCGGCUCAUUAAUCAGUUCAAUGAUCCCAGCAACCUCACCACCUGGCUGUUCCUUCUCUCCACAAGGGCCGGAUGCUUGGGUGUGAAUCUGAUUGGUGCCAACCGUGUGGUGGUGUUUGAUGCUUCCUGGAACCCUUGCCAUGAUGCCCAGGCAGUGUGUCGGGUGUACCGUUAUGGCCAGAAAAAGCCCUGUCACAUCUAUCGCCUUGUGGCUGACUACACCCUCGAAAAGAAGAUCUAUGACCGCCAGAUUUCCAAGCAGGGCAUGUCAGAUCGGGUGGUGGAUGACCUAAAUCCAAUGCUGAACUUUACCCGGAAGGAGGUAGAGAACCUACUGCACUUUGUGGAGAAGGAGCCAGCCCCCCAAGCCUCCUUAAACAUAAAGGGGAUCAAGGAGUCGGUCCUGCAACUCGCCUGUCUGAAGUACCCUCACCUUAUCACCAAGGAGCCUUUCGAGCAUGAGUCAUUGCUCCUCAACCGAAAGGAUCACAAGCUGACCAAGGCCGAGAAGAAAGCAGCAAAGAAGAGCUACGAGGAAGACAAGCGCACGUCUGUCCCCUACACUCGCCCGUCGUACGCGCAAUAUUACCCUGCCAGCGACCAGAGCCUGACCAGCAUCCCCGCCUUCAGUCAGAGAAACUGGCAGCCAGCACUGAAGGGUGAUGAGAAGCCCGUGGCCAGCGUUCGUCCCGUACAGUCCACCCCCAUCCCCAUGAUGCCUCGGCACGUCCCACUGGGAGGCAGCGUAAGCUCUGCCUCCAGCACAAAUCCAUCCAUGAACUUCCCGAUCAACUACUUGCAGCGCGCAGGAGUCCUUGUGCAGAAGGUGGUCACCACAACAGAUAUCGUUAUCCCUGGGCUCAACAGCUCCACAGAUGUACAGGCAAGAAUUAAUGCUGGUGAGAGCAUCCACAUCAUUCGUGGGACGAAAGGGACAUACAUCCGCACCAGCGAUGGGCGGAUCUUUGCUGUCCGGGCAACUGGCAAACCAAAGGCCCCUGAAGAUGGUCGGAUAGCUGCCUCAGGUUCCCAAGGGCCUUCUCACGAGUCCACAAGCAACGGCAGACACAGUGCCUCAUCACCCCAAGCCCCUGACCCUGAGGGGCUGGCCAGACCCGUCUCUCCCGACAGCCCAGAGAUCAUCAGCGAGCUCCAGCAGUACGCAGAUGUGGCCGCUGCCCGGGAAUCUCGCCAGAGCUCCCCAAGCACCAACGCCACCCUGCCUGGCCCCCCAGCCCAGCUUGUGGACAGCAGUGCUAUUCCUGGGACAGCUCUUGGGACUGAGCCUCGACUCGGGGGUCAUUGCCUCAACAGUUCCCUCUUGGUGACUGGCCAGCCCUGUGGUGACAGGUACCCAGUGCUGGACUUAAGGGGCCACAAGCGCAAGCUGGCCACACCACCUGCUGCCCAGGAGUCAGCCCGCCGGCGGUCUAGGAAGGGCCAUCUGCCAGCCCCCGUGCAGUCAUACGAACACGGGUAUCCGGCGUCUGGCGGGUUUGCCAUGCCACCCGUCUCCUUAAACCAUAACCUCACCGCUCCCUUCACCUCGCAGGCUGGGGAGAACUCCCUGUUUAUGGGCAGUACCCCCUCCUACUACCAGCUGUCCAAUUUGCUGGCAGAUGCCCGCCUGGUGUUUCCAGUGACUACUGACCCUCUGGUGCCAGCAGGCCCCGUCAGUACCUCUUCCACGGCUACCUCAGUCACUGCCAGCAACCCCUCCUUCAUGCUCAACCCCUCUGUGCCAGGGAUACUACCCAGCUACUCACUCCCCUUCUCACAGCCACUCCUGUCCGAGCCCAGGAUGUUCGCGCCGUUCCCUUCCCCUGUCUUGCCCAGCAACCUCUCGCGGGGCAUGUCUGUCUACCCAGGCUACAUGUCACCACACGCAGGCUACCCAGCGGGCGGCCUUCUCCGGUCCCAGGUGCCUCCAUUCGACUCUCACGAGGUGGCCGAGGUGGGGUUCAGCUCCAACGAUGAUGAGGAUAAGGACGAUGACGUGAUCGAGGUCACUGGGAAAUAGCUGGGGAGCCCCUCCCCACCUCAUCUGGGGCCCCCAGCAGGUUGCCCACCAAGCUGGAAGGCAGUGAUCUGGGCUUUCUCAGAAGAGGGCAUGUGGCAAGGGGGAAAGAAGGGCACUGAGGGCGGUUGGCCACAGUGGCAGGGCUCUGUUGCUGUUUAAAAAAGAGGAAAAAAAAAAAAAAAAAUCCAACAGAGCAGCAAUAGUGGGAAACCAGGGACCCAGAACCGGGGAUGGCGGGGUGGGACGGCCCGCCUCUCCCUCUGCCCGCCUUGCUUGCUCGCCCAUCUGAGUGUAGACGCUCACAUCCUGUUUCUGUCUGGGAAUACUCUCUCCCAAGAGAGCUGCCUUACAGGGUGACUUGGCCUGGGGAGGGCAGGGUAGGGGAGGGCGGGAGAGGGCCUGAGGAGGAGGGUGGGCAGGGGGAGCAGACUGAGAUCCCAUGUUACAUGGGUCUUCUAGGGGGUGGGAAGGAAGCAGACCAGGUAUGUGUGUGUGAGAGCGUGUGUGCGCGCAUAUUUCUGUAUGUGUGUAUGUGUUUGCAACAGAGCAGGGGUGAAGGAGGGAGGGGAGGGAGGAGAGGGAGGAACUAAGGGAGAAACUGAAACACGAGCUUAUCUUUUUUUAAGUGAAUCAGUGUGGCGGUUCAUGGCAACUGUGUGUGUGAACAUCAGGGUGUGCCCAGGAGAAGAGCCAUGGAAAUCCCAAGUUUCCUUCUGGUUGGGUGAAAAGAAGACCCAGCUAACUCGAGGCCCUGGUUUCCAGAGCCACGUCGGUUUUAGAUUUGGGGGGAAAUCAUGAUGGAAAAUGGGCAUUACUGAUCCUGUCUCAUUCCCCAGCGGCUGAGGCUGAGCCUGAGCGGAACUCCCUUUCGAGGGUGGGAGGUUGUCUGUGCGGAGGCUGGAGGGAGCUGUAGCACGUGGCAUGUGAGUGUGAGGUCAGGGAGCUCUGGCCAGAAAAGACAUCCUUCCCCGGGUAGGCCUGAGCCCACGCUGCCUGCUGGUAGCUUUCCUGUUCCCUCCCUGCCCCACUAGAGAGCUAGCUCCACAUUAGUUUAUUUCCUAUGGGCAAUUAUUUAUUACUGGACUUCUCGUGUGUCUUCAUUUUUGUUUGUUUGUUUGCUUUUCAGGGGAGGGGAGGUUAGGGGUAAGGAGGGUAAGAGUUAGAAAGGGAAGCUUUAAGGUAGCCCAGACCCUGUAGCUGCUGGUGAGAAAAGUCCUAGCUGGAUGGUGAGGUGAGCGGGGAGAGCAGGCUCCACCAAGGCUUAGAUGAAACCACUGUUUGUGGGCGAUGGCCUCUCGGGAAGACUGGGGAAUCCUGAGACUGGGCAGUUAAUGGGGCUGAGGCUCAUCCAGCAAAUACUGAAGCUUGGGAUUGUGGGGUUUGCUACUGGGAAAUAAAGAACUCCAGAUUUGGAGCCGUGUUCUCUUGGGUGACUGUAGAAACCUGCUCUCUCUACUGCAGAGUGAAGCUAAGAACAGGCGGCUGCCAAGUAGAGGGGAUAAACCAUUGCUUUUCUAUGAGGAAAUGCCUUGACUUCCCCCAGCCUCUCAGGUGGUAGGCGUGGGCCUGAGGUCUGCUGCCCUCACCUUCAAAGGAGCAUAGUGGAAGGAACCCUUCCUUUGUAGGAGCCCCGAGUCAAGCUUUUGUCUUAAGAGAACAUGUCAGUCAUUCUGGGUCUCCCCUCUCUUAUCACCAGUGCCAGGGAGGGGUAUCUGGUCCUUAAGCAGAACACUGGCUGUCAUCCUGUUGGCUCAUGCCUGCCCACCCCAGUGAGUCUGCCAUGCAGUUCCUUAUAAUGAUCAAGGCUGGUCUGGCUUUACAGCCUUGCCACCUCCUGUGGCUUCCUCCCAGCUAGGCAAUUGCUGCACCUGCCUCUUCCCAGCCCGGGGGGCAGCUUAGCGAGUCCUAGCAGCAGCUCCUGCAGCUCUCCUGACCAACCCCUUCCCAAUGCCAGCGGGCCUUAGACUCUGGGGUAUUGUCCCCAGAGAAGAGAUGAUGGCUGAUUGUGUGUGUGUGUGUGUGUGUGUGUGUGUGUGUGUUUAUAUGUUGUCCAUUAACACCAAAAGUGGAACUUAAGGAGCUUGCUUUCUGUUUUCAUAGACACCCUGUCAGACACUAAACUCUUCUACUCAUAGAAGCCUUAGAUCUACAAUUUAGCUAUGCAAAUUACUUUAAUAAUUUAAAAAGAGCCGUUCCAACCAGUGCUUUCUCUUUCAGACGCAUCCCCAGAAUGGUUGGCGAGGGGGCUCAGUUGGAGUGGGCUCCCUGGUUGAGGCCGGUGCAGUAGGAGUGAGCUAGACCAGAUCUCUAGUUUGCAGACACACUCAGAACCUGGGUUAUGCUGAUCCCUCAGGCCGUGGAGCAGUGGAGUCCCAGAUGUGUGCGCCCGUGAGUGUGUGUGCAUGCACGCGUGUGUGUGGUCGGGAAAUUCUUCUAGGAAAUCACUAACAGGCUCUGAGAAUCCAGAAACCAUCCCAGCUGGGCGCUGGUGAAACCAGUCACUGGGAAGGGACAGGCUUUUAAAGCGCCAGGAAGGAGGUGGGCAUUCUGAGAGGCAGCACACGUCUGCUCUCCACCUAGUGGUUCGGGUGGCUGGGUCUUGCUUCAGCGUGGCACAGGCCAUCAUUCAGGAGGCUGACCUGGCUGGAGAAGGUGUGCUCUGAAAUGUGUGGCUUCUCUUGUGUAGAAGGGUUGGAGUGGGAACAUGGGAAAUUGGAGUGCUGCCAGUUUCCAUGUUUUUGUUUUUGUUUUUGUUUUUAAUGAACUGAAACAUUUCUGACUUUUCUGCUGUCUCUCUACGUGUGCUGGUAGGCAGUGUGUAUGCAUGCCAAACGUGAGUACGUGUGUGAGGGGAGCGCGGGUGUCUCAGAGCCUUUAACUAGAGACGCUGGGUGCAGGCUUCUACCCGCUGUCCAGGCCUGGGUGAGGGGAGGGUGGUGAGAGGGCAGGGCAGAUCAUCAGGUAUUUCCUCCUCUGUACUGUUAACCUUUCACGGAAUGUUUUUGAGGGCUUCUCAAGCCCUGACCGCCUGGUCUGACCUAAGUUCUCAGCCUGGGGCGCUCAGUACUACUAAGAUGAGUCAGGAUGAUCACUCGUAGUGAUGCUUGAUUUCUUUUUCUUAAUGUCUUUGUGGAUAGAAAUUUAACCAGGACAAAGCUGUUUAAAAACCAUGUUGGGUCAGAUCUUUUUCUUCAGAUUGGAUCUCUGCGAGGUCCUUACCCCUUCGAGUUGUGCUUCUUCAGCAUCUAUUUAUCUCCUGACUAAGCAGAACUCUGGCCCUUGGAACUUUCUUUCCUAGGAAUUCGUUUGUGGGGUCUAAGUAUGUUUGUGAUCCACAACUAAAUAUGAAGUUUUCCGCUCCAGGAGCAUGAAGCAAAGAGCUGGGGUAGAGUUUUGCUGAUUGGCUGAAACAACCUGAACAUCAGCAGUGCGUGGUCCUAUCAUUCCCGAAGCUGUCAGCAACAGGACUGUCAUUCUGCUGAAGGCUGGCAUUGCUCUGCAGCUCUGUCGUCAUCCCUCGGAGAAGGUCUUGUGGGGACUUUACAUUCCUUGUUCCUAGUGUUCUGGAUAUGACCUCCUGCUUCCCACUUCCCUUUGGUUUCUAAGAAGACCCGUCUCCUUUCUGAGCCAUGGCCUUCUGUGCACCCAGCUAAGUGGCUCUUCCUUCCCUCUUCCUUCCCCAAGAGGCCCUCAGGAGACUCUCCAGCCCUCUGCUGAUGCUCCCCAGGAAUAGCUGGGAUUCCGGCUCAGGGUAUUGAGGCCUGUCUGAGAAUGCUGCACUCUCCUCUGGUCGCCUUCAGAAUCCGUUCCCCUCCUGACAAGUCUUUUCUUCUGCCCUGUGUACUCCACUGUGACCCUCUAAUGUCUGUUCUGUGCUACUAGGUGGGCCCUAGGAGGCCUCCUUUGAAUACCGAGUCUUACAACAAUGAACUUCCUGAGCGGGCAAUGUCCAAGUUCUUUGUUCUUCGGGGACCCGAGUCUGCUCCUAUUCCCUCGCAUAGGUCUGAGGUAGUUACCUGGUAUGUGGGGGAGAGGUAGCCAGGCAGGCCAUAGAGUCUGCAGUGCCGAGGGCCAGGGGAGGUACAUUCUGCUACCACUGCUAGGAUGAUAUUCAGAAGAGAGGGGACCUCAUACUGUGACCUGACCCAGGCCUCCCCUGGAAGAGAGCUCAGCCCAGUUUGUGUGUGUGCGUGCAUGUGUGUGUGUGCGAGAGUGUGCUCAUGUGCACCUGGGUGUAAAAUGACUGUUAUCUGGUUGUUACUCAGGGUGGGCUGGGGACUCACCAGGAGAACCCCCGCAGCCUGCCCAAGACAGGUUUUCCCUUGUACCCACUUUCGAGGGGUCAGUGGGAGAGGGUCCAGGUGAGUUGAGGGGGUUGCAGUGGAUAACCACUAAGGCCACACUGCUGCCAGGAGGAGUUGGGGGAGAUGAGGUGGCCCCAGGGACCUGGCACCUGGCUUCGGUUUUCUGUCUUCUUUCCUCAGGACGCCCCUGAGGCCUGGGACCUGCACCUGGCUUUGAGGAGCAUCUGUGGCUGGGUGAUCUGGCUGCUGGUGUGACCAUGGGCUUCCCUCCUCUCUCAGCAGGGCAGGCGCUCCUGCUCCAGAGACUGGGCAACUGGCUGUUUCUAUGACGUAUUUAUUUUUACUUGUGUUUCAUGUCACUUUUUUAAAAAAGCAAACAGAACAAUUGUAAGUCAGUAUAACUGCCUAUCAGUUUUCUUUAUUUCUCUUUUUGUAAAAUAAAAUUUAAACUCGA